UUGUUGGUGGGGACAUCAUUCAAGCUGGUGUUUUAAGGCCAGAGGGAGGCUCCCAGUUCAUUAGAGCUGUGUUUCGAGGGUUGGGGUAAGAGACAGGUACUUCUUCUUGUAGUGACAGCGAGUCCCCAGAAAGAUUCACAGAGUUUCGGGGGGAAAGAGCCAAAAAGGUAGUGGAGUGGCUGAGCUAAGGCAAAGCAGAAGGAGAGCUCUGGGAAGAUGGCACCUGCCAGUUUGGUUUUUGCCUGGUUACUGUUCACCAUGAGGAUGGUCAUCUCGGCAGUGUUUCUGGAGCCUGAGGAGGAGGAGCUCAAUGAAACUGUCAUUUGCACCAACGAUCAAAUGGAGGUUGUUAUACCCAGUGUUUUUUUCCUCAACAAAGAGCCUCCAGUUUAUGUCUGGGAUUUGCAUUUAAAUGAUCCGGAGUGCCGCGGGGUUGAGGUCGGAGAUGACUACGUCUUCAGCAUAAAGACAAAUCUGUCAGACUGUGGGACUAUAAUGGCCUCAGAUGACACACACAUCAUGUUCAUCAACACCAUACACAACAACGAUUCAGAAGUCAUCACGAGAAACUACAUCAACAUAACGUUUGUGUGUCGCUAUCCCCUCAACUACAUGGUGCAGCAGCCCAACGGUGAAAACAUGAUCCGAGUGGACGUCAGAACGAUAACUCUAAACACGGAGGACGGGAACUUCUCGGUGUCGAUGUUGUUGUACAAAGACGAAGCCUUCGAGGACAGAUGGACGACUGUGCCGUCGCUGACACUGGACGAAGACAUUUUUGUUAAAGUGUUCAUGAUACCGGCUCACCUGAUGCUGCGUAUCGAGAGGUGCUGGGCUACACCGACCAGUGACCCAUACAGCAACAUACAGUACACCUUCAUCAGAGACAGCUGCCCGGUGCUGUCAAACGAGCAGACCCUGAGUCUGCUGAGGAACGGCCAGGGUCCGGAGGCCAUGUUCAGGAUACAAAUGUUUAAGUUUGUUGGCAGCUCCUACACCAACGUCUUCCUCCACUGCAACAUCCAGAUCUGCCACAACACUCCGGGGCUGUGUCAGCCUAACUGCUCUGGUGAAGUCUCAUUAAUGAGGAUGCGCAGAGACGUCCCACUGUCCCACACAGUGUCUUAUGGACCAAUCAGACGGCUACUAAACAGUGAAAAGCCCAAUCUGAAUGCAGGCGGAGCCCCCACCGUGGAGACUUUUGUCCUGGGAGGACUGCUGGUUAUCUUGCUGCUCAUCACAGGGGUGUUUGGGAGGCUGUGGCAGCGCUCGAGGCGUUUCUACCCAGCCAGGGAGGCACAGCUCACUCUGUCCAACAUUCACCACAUCUCAGAGGUGGCCUCGUGAAUCAGGAGAUCAGGAACUUUUCUGAGCUGAUGAAUGGACAAACAAACACAAAAGCAAAUGCAAAUGCACGCUUGUGAUUUAUGAUAAUGACGAAAAAUGAAUUUGUUGCUUUUUUAGGAAAUCGACUUAAUAAAGUUCUCCCUCAAUUGUU